CCCCCUGCUUCUUUCUCUCUCGGCCUCCUAGGGCGCCUGAGCCCCCCAGCAUGCACCCUGCGCAAGCACAAGACCAACCGCAAGCCGCGGACGCCCUUCACCACCGCGCAGCUGCUGGCGCUGGAGCGCAAGUUCCGCCAGAAGCAGUACCUGUCCAUCGCCGAGCGCGCCGAGUUCUCCAGCUCGCUCAGCCUCACCGAGACGCAGGUGAAGAUCUGGUUCCAGAACCGCCGCGCCAAGGCCAAGAGACUGCAGGAGGCAGAGCUGGAGAAGCUGAAGAUGGCCGCGAAGCCCAUGCUGCCACCGGCCGCCUUUGGCCUCUCCUUCCCGCUGGGCGGCCCCGCGGCUGUGGCAGCUGCAGCCAACCCUCCAUUGGCUGCGCUGCCCGUGGCGCCCGUGGGACUCUACACGGCUCAUGUAGGCUACAGCAUGUACCACCUGACAUAGAGGGCCCCAGGGCUGCCCACCCGUGGCACCAGCCGAUUCCUCCAGCCCUCGCCUUCUGCAAGCAGCAGAGGCCUCCCCACCCCAAGAGCUCCCCUGUUCAGCACCACCUGGCUCCUUCCUUUAGGUCCCGCUCAGCUCUGGUGUCUCCUAGGUCGCUCCCUGAUUUCACUCUCUGAAGUCCGAUCCUCUUCCAAAAAUGUGACUGGAAGGGUCCCUUCUAUUCUAGAAUCUAGACCCACCCCCCUCGUGUUACAGAUGGGGAAACUGAGGCCAGAGAGGUUAAGACAUUGACCCACCAGGCCCCCAGAGUUAGCUGUUCGGUCAGGACCAGAGGCCACUUCUCCAGCACCCCUGCCUCCUGUCCUGAUACCAGGCGGGGAAAGCACGGAGAAAUUCAAGUUUGAAGAUGUUGGAAUGGAGGAUCCUGGGAGAGAAGAGCAUGCCGGGAGAUAUGGAUCCUGGUCCUUCCGUGGGAACACUUCUGGCCUGAGCAGCCAAGCGUUUGCUCUGGGGCUGGAGGGGGGUGGGGCGGGGGUGUACACAGAUGCAUUGCGAAGGUAGGUUGAAGGGACCUCUCUCUUACCAGUCCCAGAAAAAAAAAUUGUAAAAUAAAAAUUUAAAAUUCUCUUUCUAUUUAACAGUACAUUUGUGUGGCUCUCGAGAAUCCCUUUGGAAGGGAUUGGGUGUAAUAUACUGUAUAUUUGAAAUUUUAUUAUCAUUUAUAUUAUAGCUAUAUUUGUUAAAUAAAUUAAU